UUUGGACCAAUGUUUGCUAGAACAUUCUAAUCUGUUUUUUUUUCCCCCUAGAUAAAGUGAUAAACCAAUUUACCAAUCUCCGCAACCCCCAUCUUCAACCCCCAAAUCACAACCUCCUCACCACCGCCGUCCACCGUCGUCAUGUCAUUCUGCACAUCUUUCCGGCAACUCUGCACCAAUUUCCCACAGACAUCUUCUUCAAUCUUGAAGCCCUUAUCUUUACAGCCACCUUCUUCUUUUCCUAUCUUCACAACAAAGCACACACUCUCCAAAUCAUUUACAAUCGUCCGAUCAACCCCCACAAAGCCGAUAACCCCUGACCCAUUUACACAACCCGACCCGGAUCCACAAAUCCCAAAAAAGCUUCAUGAAAUCAUCACCCUUUUUCAAUCUGUACAAGACCCAAAAGCCAAAUAUGAACAGUUAUUGUUUUAUGGCAGAAAGCUUCAACCUUUAGAUACCCAAUUCAAGAUUGACGAAAAUAAAGUCAAAGGGUGUGUUUCUCAAGUAUGGUUAAGGGCUUAUUUUGAUGACCCGGUUCAUAAAAAUGUAAUCUUUGAAGCUGAUUCUGAUGCUUUGAUUACUAAAGGUUUAGCUGCAUUGUUGGUUCAGGGUCUUUCGGGUUCGAAAGUCGAAGAGAUUGUUCGGAUUUCGCCUGAUUUCAUUGUGUCAUUGGGUCUGCAACAGAGUUUGUCUCCUUCAAGGAAUAAUGGGUUUUUGAAUAUGUUUCAGUUAAUGCAGAAAAAGGCAUUGAUGUUGUAUGUUGAAGCUGAGAAAGGAGGUGAAUCAAGAAACGUUGAGACUGCGAAAAAGGAUGUUGAUUUGGAUUCGCGUUCAAAAAGUUUUGAUUUUGAGGCGAGUAGUGAUCAGGGUAAGAGUUUUGAUGAUGUGAAGGCGAAUGGGUCGGUUAUAGGGAGUAGAGGAUUGAGAAUUAUGGAGGUUUUGAAUAAGGAGUUGAAACCGAUUGAAUUGCAAGUAGACGAUGUAUCGUACCAGCAUGCUGGCCAUGCAGGUGUUAAGGGGAGUGAUGGGGAGACACAUUUUAAUUUGAAAGUGGUUUCCAAGGAGUUUGAAGGAAAAAGUUUGGUUAAAAGGCAUAGGCUAAUUUAUUCGUUAUUGGACGAUGAGUUGCAGAGUGGAUUGCACGCAUUAUCGAUAGAGGCUAAGACACCUGCAGAAGUUGGUAUUUAGGCAAAAGAUGGUACAAUUUUAGAUUUUAUAUAUUUUUGUUCUGAUUUUGUUAUUGUUAUAGCUGUAUAAGUUUCCAUACCAUUUCUUAUGUAAAUGAUGACCGUAGAUGUUAAUGAAAAUGCAAUACUUCAUGUUCUCUA